AUGCUCAGCAGAAUUAAUGUUCAACUAUCCAUACUGAUAAUUAUACCGUACGUUUUAGUUAAUCUGAAAAUUGUCUCUAGCGAGAACACCUCUCUGGAACAACACCUCUCUGGAACAACACCUCUCUGGAACAACACAUCUCUGGAACAACACAUCUCUGGAACAACACCUCUCUGGAACAACACAUCUCUGGAACAACACAUCUCUGGAACAACACCUCUCUGGAACAACACAUCUCUGGAACAACACAUCUCUGGAACAACACAUCUCUGGAACAACACAUCUCUGGAACAACACCUCUCUGGAACAACACAUCUCUGGAACAACACAUCUCUGGAACAACACAUCUCUGGAACAACACAUCUCUGGAACAACACCUCUCUGGAACAACACAUCUCUGGAACAACACAUCUCUGGAACAACACAUCUCUGGAACAACACAUCUCUGGAACAACACAUCGAGACAAAUAA